AAGAAUUUGAAACCCCGGAGCCCGGAGCCGGAGCCAACAAACGGCAAAUACCCAGCACUGGUCAAAAGCCCCCAACAAGAAUAAAAAGUAAAGAAAGGCAACAAACAGCAAUUCAAGUUGAUGUUGGAAAUGUUCUUAGAGAUAAUAAACGUUUGGGUUGGUGAAAAUAGACGGCCAAAAAUUAUAAGAAUAGAAAAGCCUCGACAAGAAAUUUGUGCCCCUCUUAAAUGGUUUUGCUUUUUUAUCAAUUUUUGUAUUUUUUUGGUCUCUGUUGCUUGCCUAGCAUUAGGCCUGUAUUUAUUUGUAAAUGCUCCAAGAUCCAUAUCAGAACCAGCAGAUGUAUUACUAAAUCCUGCAGUGCUACUUGCCUCUAUUGGCUUAAUUUCGGGUUUUGUUUCAAUUUUUGGAAUGUUUGGUGCACUCAGGGAUAAUGUGUUUUUACUUAAAUUGUUUGCCCUAUGUGUUUUCUUUGGUUAUCUUUUGUUGGUUGUCUCUACUUGCCUUUUAUUUCUUUUGUUUUAUUCUGAUGUUUCUGGUGAAUCCUCAACAUUUAUAUCUAUUCAAUCUGUGCUCCUACAUUCAAUCGCUCGAUAUCAUUCCAAUAAAAAUUAUGCUGAUUUUAUAGAUUAUCUUCAAGAACAACUUGAAUGUUGUGGGAGUACAACUUUCCAUGAUUGGCAAUUUAGUGAACAAUUUAAAUGUAACGCUUCAAAUCCAUAUCCUGAACGUUGUGGAGUGCCAUAUUCUUGUUGUAGAAAAUCUGUGGUUUCUAGAGCGGGUGCUGGUGAAGUUAACCCUCUCAUACCUGCAAUUCACUCAAUUCAGUGUUGGCAAAAUGCUCAGAAGAAGAGGGAACAGGAAUUAGAUUCUGAUAUUUAUGUUCUUGGAUGUCUCCAACCAUUACGGACAUUAUUUGAUUCACAUGCUUUACAUAUUGGAAUGAUUGUACUUUCUAUUAUAUUCCCAGUGUGUGUAACUGUUUGCCUCUCUCAAUGCUUGGCACGGCAAAUAGACUAUCAACACUUUUUACUACGGAGAGAGCAAAGGCGAAUAGCUCGAAAUGAGAGGAGAGAAAAGCGUUAUUUGGAGCAGAAAGGGGAAAUUAAAAUUGGAGAACAACACAAAAGACAAACAACAGAAAAUGCUAAAAAACAAGGAGAAAUAUAUGCUAUUACCCAGCUUAUUUCCUGGCUUUCAAAAAUAUAG